UUUACUGAAUAAUCGCAAAAGACAGGAAUUUUUUUUAAAAUGAGCAACGAACUAAAGGACGAUCUGCGGCGCUUCAUACACUGGGGUCCAAUCACUCUAUUAACCCUGACUCUGAUUGUCACAUGGACUGUCAUUCACAUGAACUCGAUGUGGUGGGCUCCAGGCACGAGUUUGGAAUCCGUAGUAAACUACGCUCUCAUCUGGGUUCAGACCUUUGGCACUUUGUACAACUUCAUCAGGUCCUUGAUGGUUGGUCCUGGCUUCGUUCCAUUGAAGUGGCAUCCCCCGGUGAGGAAGGAUAAGAAGUUCUUGCAGUUCUGCACUCGCUGCAAUGGCUACAAGGCACCCAGAUCGCAUCAUUGCCGGCGUUGCGAUCGAUGUGUGAUGAAGAUGGACCAUCAUUGUCCCUGGAUCAACACCUGUGUCGGUAGGUCCAAUCAGGAUAGUUUUGUGUACUUCCUUCUCUUCUUCAUGUCGGGCAGUAUACAAGGAGGCAUCAUAAUUGUCAGCGCCGUAAUACGAGGUAUACAGAAGCGAUGGUUGAUCAGACAUGGAUUGCGUCACAUGGCCACCGUGCACUUGACCCAAACAAAUCUGAUGGCUUGUGUUUUUAGUCUUGGAGUGAUCAUGGGCACGACAUUGGCCAGUAUAAAGUUGUUGUAUAUGCAACUGAAGGUGAUAUUGAAGAAUCAGACUGAAAUCGAGAACUGGAUUGUGAAGAAGGCUGCUUUUCGGCGCAAUGCAUAUCCUCAAAAAAGGAUAAAGGCUUUCGUUUAUCCCUACAAUUUGGGCUGGAAGGCAAAUAUUCGUGAGGUUUUCUUAUCCCCUGGCGAUGGCAUAUCGUUUCCAGUCCUACCAGGAUGUGAUCAGUACAGCCUCACCCGUGAACAAUUGCAACAGAAGAAGGAUAAAAGGGCUCGCACUCGGGUCUUUAGAUGUAUUCGUCCUGCCACGGGUCACUGGGUGCCCAUCUUCUCCCAAAGACUCUGGGUAUCCCUCCAUAUCCCCUGCACCGAUGAUCCUCGUAUCGCCCUGAAGCCCGAUGAUAUUAUACAUGUGACUCGCAUCCAGGAGUACUGGCUUUAUGGCGAAAGAAUGAUCACGGAGAAGGAAAAAGUAAAGAUGAGUAGGAGGAAGGGUGCCAUUAGGGGAUGGUUUCCCAGCUGUUGUGCCGUCGAAAUAUGUGAAGAUUCUGACAGUGAAAAUGAUUUGGCUGGUGGAGAACCUGUGGGAGAGCAGGACUCUGCAGCUGUAGAACAUGUAGACACAGAUCUGGAAAUUCUGGAAUUAUUGAGGGAUUUUUGCUGCGAGGAUGGAAGGAAGACAAAGCGCCUGCGUGUUAAGUAAAGUGUAUGUCCCUGGGCGACUUUAAUUCUGUAGAGAAAUCCCUGGC